AGUGGCGCUAAAGGCUCAGACAGCCUGCGCGGUCGCGUGGUUUGACCAAAACGAGAGAGCCCUCUUCUUUGUGUUGUCUGCUCAGUAAAUGAUGGAUGAUAUAACAGCCUUAGUGUAGGUCUUAUAAUACAUCCAUGAGAUGAACACAUGACUGUAAAGCUGCGUAGGUUUAAACAAAGCCAACAUGUCAGACAGACACCGGGCGCUGCCGUCAUGGAUGGCGAAGAAGGAGGAAGUGAAAAAAAAGGAGCCGCUGAAGAGCAGGAGGAGACGGAAAGUUGCGAGAGCUGCUUUCUACUGUAUGAACGAGAAGGAGCUGGUAGAAGCUGCUGUGUCGUAUCUUACCAACGGUGCCUGCGAGGAUGUGGCUCUUCCCACGGACCAAAAGGUUGAGUUUCAGGACAAGGAAGCAGACACCACUGUGAAGAUAAGGGAGCAACCUGCAUCUUCAAAAACAAAAGCAAAGCCAGUGACAGAAGAGGACUCCUCAGACUGUAGUGAUGCCCAGGACGCGACAUAUGUUUCAGAAACAGACUUGGACAUUACUGAGGUGGAAACAGUGCCAUACACCGAGAGCCAGCGGCAUCAGGGACCUGAGGGUCAGAGGUCGGGAUCAGUUCAGAAUCACAGUGGUCUCAAAAACAUUGAACUGGUGGUUGAGAAAAGAGGAGAGUGCCUACAGCCACCAGCAGAUACAGGGGAUGAUGAUGCCUUACGGCUUGUGCGAGAAAUCUUUUUCACCUGAUGAAGAACUUCAUUGAAAAUAGCUGAGAUGUGUUCACAAUGAAGGAACAAUCUUUUUCUUAUAAGGGAAUGUUACUUGAAUUACAAUUUCCCAGUCAGUACUUGUGAAUGCGCACAGCUCCUCCAUCAAGCUACAAAUUGGAGCAUUGAUCCUUUAAUCGAUGGCACUGGGGUGUAAAAUUUGGCACAGCUCAAUAGAAAGUGGACGGAGAGACUGACGCUAUUCACCAACACUUUUGCAUCAAAAUGAGGUGUAAAUGCUGGUUGCUAACUCAGCCGGGACACUUUUGCUGUUGAGAUAAAUAAUCGUGCUGAUCCUUUGUGUUAAGCUGUGUGUAUAUAAGCCCAAUACUUUCUGACGUUUCAGUGAACAAAGUACUGAACAUUUUACACUUAGUUGCUACUCAUUUACUGAGCACAAUACUGUAGCUUUACUCGGGGCCUCUUUGUAUGAGGGCUUGCAAAAAGAUCAUUCAGGAAUCAGUGUCAGUGAAGCAGCUCCAGUUUUUGUCUUGAUGUCACCUCAGAUUAAAGCUUUACAUUCACACAGAACUGUAAAAAUCAUAUAAUAUAAUAUUCUUAUAUUUAUAUCUGUGUAAAUUUACUGUGUGUUAUACAUAACAUUAUGUUCCAGUUUAUUUUAAAAAAUGAUGGUAAACUGAAAUACAGUUAUAAUAUCUA